CUCAAACUGAGAAUUGCCCGUAUAAUCGUGUAUAUUUGCAACCUAAGAAUUUUGCAACGAAAAAUCCCAAAACGACAGUCGCAAAACCUAGAAAGGGAGAAAAGAUGUUGCCUUAUCCUGCUUUCAUGCGACAGAACCCAGGGUCUACGGAGAUCAUCCCGACGUCGUAUCUCCUUCCUGCCCAGUGGCCAAAGCCCCAUCAUGAAGAGCUCCUCUUAGCCAUGGAGGAGUCAGAUUUCGAGGAAAAGAUUAAUGAGAUUGGGAAGUUCAACAGCAACUUAACUGUGAUUGGGAAGACCACUAUAGUUGAUAACGAUAAAGAAGAUUUUGAAGCUGAAGAUGAUGAUGCCGACAAUGGGGAAGAGUCAGAAGCUGAUGACUUCGACCAAGAAACCGGUUGACUUUUUUUUUUAGGCUCAUGAUAAAAAAAUCACAACUUCGUUUUGCAACUUUCCUACUCUGCUGCAGUUUGAAUUGAUUGAUGUAUCAAUACAUUUGGUCCCUAAGAAAUAUAUAUAUAUAUAUGUAUAUGUAUGUAUGUAUAGAUUUAUAUAUUAUUUCUUGAUUUGUG